AUGGCUGCCACAGCCCUUCUCUCCCAACACUCCUCCAACCCUCUCGAAGUCUCCUCUUCCGAUACCCGCAACAGAGCCUACCUCAAGGAGCUUAUGGACGUCCAGCACGUCGCGCGUGACUACGCCGCUGAACAUCCAUCCUCCGACGACCCCCUCAACGGCUACAAUGUUCCUGAACUCGAACGCUACCAUUCGCACCUUGCCCAGCUCUACCCGGACGCGCCCGCACCCGCGUACCAGUACGCCGCAUCUGCUAGCAAUGCCCCAGAAAAGGACGUGGACGAGGAGAUGCUUAGCGACGGAGGCUCAGGAGAUGAAGACAUGGAGCAGGAAGAAGAAGAGGAGGAGGAGGAAGAGGAGGAGGAGGACUCCGACGCGGAUACUGACGAGGAAUUGUCCAUCUACCUCAAACCACGCGACGAGCAACUCGAAAUCGAGGAGGAGAUUGUUGACCUCGAGUCUGCCGUCCCAGAGCUGACAGAGGACUACAAAGUCAUCGACCGUCUGGGCACGGGCACCUUCUCCGCCGUCUACAAAGCCAUCGACCUCAGCUACCACACGAAAUGGGACAACACCGAAUGGCACGGCCACCACCCACCCACAUCCUCUUCAUACUACCUAACAGUACCUAAUCCACCCGGAAGCAAGGUAUACGUCGCCGUCAAGCGCAUAUACGUGACCAGCGGCCCCGAACGAAUACGGAACGAGAUCUCCAUUAUGGAGGACUGCAGAGGCUGCCGGCACGUCUCUCAACUAAUUACCGCGUUUCGACAUCGCGACCAGGUCGUAGCAAUCAUGCCGUACCACAAGAAUGAUGACUUCAGGGAUUAUUAUAAAUAUUUGCCAUUAGAGGGCGUGAAGGCGUACUUCCGAUGUAUGUUUCGCGCGUUGCGCGACAUUCAUUCACGAGGGAUCAUCCACCGUGAUGUGAAGCCUGCGAAUUUUCUCUUCGACCCGCGGACAGGCAUCGGCACACUUUGCGACUUUGGCCUAGCAUGUCGCGUAGAACGCGGCCCUUCUCUCGGAGCCUGUCUACAUACAACGCCGACGCGCGAAUUCCCGCAUGGCCGCCUGAAGCCAAGGACUGAGUUUGACAUCGACCACAUUAAACGAAUGCAAAAGGAGGGCCGUAUACGAAGUGCGGGACAGUCGGACAAGGUGGGAUACCCCGAGAAAGACACCCGACCACAUUCCAAAGCAAACCGUGCAGGCACAAGAGGCUUUCGAGCGCCGGAGGUGCUGCUCAAGUGUGGCGAGCAGACGGGAGCGAUCGACGUGUGGUCCGCGGGCAUGAUUCUUUUGUUCUUCCUCACGAAGAAGUUCCCCCUCUUUCAGUCCAACGACGACACAGAGGCGCUCAUGGAGAUUGCGGCUAUCCUCGGACGACGGAGGAUGGAGAAGACCGCCACCCUGCACAGUCGACUGUUUCAGUCCAACGUGCCAUCACUCUCUCAAGAGGGCAUGUCCUGGAAGGACUUCGUCGAACGGCAAAACCCCGACCUCCGCAUACCCCCAGAGCCCGAGAUCUCCUACUACCCCUACACCCUCCCCGAACACCGCGCCCGCACACGCGCCCCACCCUCUUCCUCCACCGGCUACUCCCCCGGACGCUCCUCCCCGUCCUCGCCUUCUUCCCACAGCUCUGCACGCGCCCCCUCGCCCACACCCUCUGAGCUCGCCUCCUACUCCGCCGAGAUCGACAGCGCGCUCGACUUCCUCGAGAAAGCCAUGGAGCCCGAGUCCACGCGGCGCAUGACCCCGCGCAGCGCGCUCUACCACCCCUUCCUGCGCGAGCCGCGGCCGGACGCCCCGGGGGACGACGACUUCGUGCCGCACCCGUUUGGAGACGGGGUGUGCGGGGCGCUGCACUUUAUUGACGAGCAGGAGGAUCUGUGCGUGCGGGUGCCGGUGCCGGGGAGGACGGGCUUGGUUGCGAGGAGGGUGCAGGCGGGUGAGGGGAUCGCGAUUGGGAAGCAGCCGUGUGAGUUUCAUCGGGGGAUGUCGUUUUAG